UUCCGAGAAAUGCAUCGAUGAUGCCUGGAACUUAUCAAGCCUUAUCGCCGCUUGCACCUCCACAUUGUAUAUUUAUUUUCCUACGGGUAAACGAUAACAGCACGAGUACAGCGUACCCGCGUACCAUUCGUUUCCCAUCCACUUUCCAAGCAGUCUCAAUGGGUCGACAAACGGCGACUCUAUCCGGAACGUCGUUAACGCGUUCGCGACCUCGUAUCGUUUCCGAAAGUUCGUACUCGACUACCGCAACGGUCUGUUUCAUCGAACGUACGCGAGGACGAAGACUCUACGAUAGAACUGUGUUUCGAUCGACGGAUUGCUCUACGAAUGAAACAUGAAAAAUGCUCUACACUCUACCGGUGUUGAAUGUGUUAAUCGAUUUGUCCACAGUGAUCUAAUAGACCGUUUGAUUUGCGUGUUGCAGUGCCCUGUGACAGCGAGCACGUCGUUGGCGUCGUCAUCGGCGUCGCCGGUGUCCAGCGCGAUCCUGAGCGCAGGCGGUUCGUCGCUGGUCAGCGUAGCCGGCACGGCCACGAAUCAUCCCCUGGGCGUAGCUGGUCUGACGAACGCGAGGAUGGCGGUGACCAGCGCUGUGGUGAGGCCGCCGGGCAGUCCUACCACCUCGGUCAGCCCGUCCCAAGGUCACCCGCCGCCGACGACCGGCGGCCCAACGCCGACCGGACGGUGUUGCGACACCGGAAGGCCGAUCUUCACGGACCCGUUGACGGGCCAGACGGUCUGCUCCUGCCAGUACGAGUUGCUCGGCGGUUACCAGCGACUCGGAGCGCUACCGGCGGCCGCGUUGUCGAUGUACAGCGCCCCGUACGCGGCCGCGGCCGCCGCCGUCGCCUCCGAGGGAAUGGCCCCGGCUGCCGGACUCGAUCUCAAGGAAAAUCUCGGAGCUGGAGCUGCGGCGGCGUGGCCUUACCCAUCCGUUUAUCACCCUUACGAUGCUGCUUUCGCCAGCUAUCCCUUCAAUGGUUAUGGUAUGGACCUGAAUGGAGCGAGACGGAAAAACGCGACACGGGAGACGACCAGUACGCUGAAGGCCUGGCUGAACGAUCACAAGAAGAACCCGUACCCGACGAAGGGCGAGAAGAUAAUGCUGGCCAUCAUCACGAAGAUGACUUUGACACAGGUAUCCACGUGGUUCGCGAACGCCAGGAGACGUCUGAAAAAAGAGAACAAGAUGACGUGGGAGCCUAGGAACAGGGUGGAAGACGAGGACAACAACAACGAAGACGACGACAGUGGAAGGAAGAGCGUGGACGAGAAGGAUCGACUAGACUCCAAAGACUCGGGUACCGGUUCGAGCGAGGACGGCGAGCGACCGGCUCACCGAAUGGACCUGCUGGGCACCAGCGGAGGAUCCGGGGGUGUCCAGGGUAGAACGGAGAGCGAGUGGAGCGAGUCGCGGGCGGACAGUGGCCCGGACAGUCCCGAAUGCCUGUACGACCAGAGGGAGCCGAGGCAUCCCCUGCAGCUGCAGCAUCCCGCGUAUCUGUCCUCCUCGCACGGCAGGCUGUUGCGCCACCCCUCGCCGGAGAGCACGUCGCCGAGCAGUCACCAUCUUCCGCCGAGCUCGAGCGCGCCGUCCACGGGGAGCAGCGGCACCACGAAGCCCCGGAUCUGGUCCCUCGCCGACAUGGCGAGCAAAGACGGCGACCAGCAGAGUCCGACCCCCACGACGAUGACGGGCCUCUCGUCGCCCUACAGCGGGAGCAGCGGCGGCGGUGGCGGCGGCGGCGGCGUCGCAGGGGGCGGUGGCGGCGGAGGGAAACUGGUGAGUCCUCUGGCGAGUCGUUUGCCGCCCCAUCACCCCCUGCACCCCGCGAUGCACUCGGGAACGCAGUUCGUCCGGCAUCAUCCGGACUUCUACCGGAACCUGUACGGCGCCUCCCACCUGGGCUCCAGCGACAUGUCCUUGCUGGAGACCUACUCGAGGACCCUGGGCGGCCUGAGCGGCGUGAUGCCACCCUCUACCGCCCCCAGCAUACUGACCUCCUCCGCGUCGGCGGUCUCCGCCGGCGUGAACGCGAAACCGUUCUCGAUCAACGGGGGCAGCAGCCUCGGCGCGCCAGCCGUGCUACUGACGACCGCGUCCUCCGGCCUCUCCCCUUCCUCCUCGUCGACAGCUUCCUCGGGCGGGUCCGACCAGUCGCCCCAUCCGAGCGGAAGCCUGCCGCCGACGCAGGAGCUCAAGUCUCCUGGCCGGGUGUGAUUCUCCGCGGACUCGGCGUUGGCUCGAGACCGGGACUGAAGGACGAGCCGCUGUCGCGCGGUGUGGAUGACAAUAAUGAGAGACUACGAUCUUGUAAUUAGUGUACAGUAACCGACCGAAGAAAAACGACAGAACGAGAUGUACUGCCCCGCCCUCGAUCCCCCUCGUCCUUCGACCCUUCCUAGUCUCUUCUUCGGGUGUCCCCGUUGCCCCCGACUACUCCCGAUGUCCUGUACUCGUCCCCCGUUUUCAUCCCGUUCUCCUCGGAAAAAGAAUAAAUCGUAGCCACCUGUCCCCGCUCUCCCC